AUUACAUUAGCAAGGUUGAAAAAUGAUCCGGAGCAUGGAGUAGAAAGAGAAGUUGGUGGUAGUGGUAAUAUUGGAAGAGUAAUUCUCAUAAAGAAAAUCUGCACAAUAUUCACAUCUGUCAUUAGCCCAUCAUCUGAGAUCUCAGCUGACACCAAUCCAAAAGAUUUUCUGCCUAAAUAUUCCAAAACCCUUUUUUUGUUAUUCAUUUUUAUCUCACUUUAUUAUCUCUGAUCCAGAAACAAACUCUGUCAAGAUCAAAUCUAUAUGGGGUUUUACAGCUAAGCUUGUUGUUGAGAGGUGACACAACCCAUUGAGCUGGAAGGUCCACCACUACACACAUUAAACUCAGGUUCAAAGUAUAAAGCAACAUCUGCACACCUCCAUAUUCUCUGAACUCACUUAAAAACUAAUCCUUUUCAGUCUUCACAGACUUUACCUUCUCAAACAUACCUGCCCAUACACAUUUGGUCAUUACUUCUCUGGUAGUUUCUUGUUUUUUCUUAGUGUCAAAAACUUGUAGUUCUGAUGGGGAUGUACUAGUAUCAAGAACUGGAGUUUCUUGCAGCUGCAUGAAAUCUGAAUCAUAUUAAAAUAAUGGUUAGGCCUUGUUGGAAACCAUCUUCGGAAGGAGACAAACUGUUAUGGCAUAAAGAUUUAGGGAGUCAUGUGAGUGGAGAGUUUUCAAUGGCAGUCAUUCAAGCAAACAGUCUGCUUGAAGAUCAAAGCCAGCUUGUAUCAGGGCCAUUAAGUUCACUAAAUUCCGGUACUUUAGGGACAUUCAUCGGGGUCUAUGAUGGACAUGGAGGACCAGAGACAUCAAGAUUUGUAAAUGACAAACUGUUCCCCAAUUUUAAGAAAUUUGUCUCUGAACACCAAGAAGUUUCUACAAGUGUAGUUAAGAAGGCUUUUAUGGCUACAGAAGAGGAUUUCCUCUCUAGCGUAAGGGAGCAAUGGCAUACUAAACCACAACUUGCAGCUGUUGGAACAUGUUGUUUAGUUGGAAUAAUAUGUGAUGGGCUUCUAUAUGUUGCUAAUGCUGGAGACUCUCGAGUGGUUUUAGGGAGAGCGGAUAGAUCAGCCACAGGAAUCACAGCAGUACAAUUAUCAAGAGACCACAAUGUAAACAUCGCAUCUGAAAGAGACGAGCUUCAUUCGUUGCAUCCAGCUGAUUCACACAUUGUGGUUUUAAAGCACAAUGUCUGGCGUGUGAAGGGUAUCAUACAGAUUUCAAGAUCCAUUGGAGAUGCCUAUUUGAAGAAGGCAGAAUUUAACAGGGAACCUCUAUUGGCAAAGUUUAGACUACCUGCGCCUUUUAAAAAGCCAAUACUUAGUGCAGAACCAUCAACUUCCACACACAAGCUCAACUCCAAGGAUCGGUUUCUCAUCUUUGCAUCAGACGGAUUGUGGGAGCAGCUCAGCAACCAGGAGGUCGUUGAUAUUGUCCACAAUUACCCUCGAAAUGGAAUUGCUAGGAGACUGAUAAAAGUCGCCCUUCAUGUAGCCGCGAGGAAAAGAGAGAUGAGAUACUCUGAUCUGCAGAAUAUUGAUAGAGGGGUAAGGAGACAUUUCCAUGAUGACAUAACGGUGAUAGCUGUAUUUCUUGAUCCUCAGGUAACGAAUGCUCGUAAUAUAUGUUCAAUAAGAGCAGGUGGAGUAGCUCCUGCUACCCAGUUUUAGUAGCCCUUGAUUUUACAGAAAUGAAGAAACCUUGGAAAGAGAUCUACUGAGGUUGCAAGAUCGACUUGUACUUGCCAGUUACUUGUUCAGUUAAUACUUCCAUCAACCCCUGUAAUUUAAUUACUUGUCUUGAUUAAUUUGUAUUAAUGGAUAUCAGUAGGCAACCAUGGAAGGAUGGCCACUUGGAUUCAUGUUAUUAUUAUUUCAUAAAUGGCAUAUGCAUCUUUCUAUUUUGUGGAA